GCUCAUAUAUCCUCACUCACUUGCCUCCUACCAAUUCCGAUCUGAUCGUCUAUGAAAUGCUUCAAAGCGCACGGUGGCCAGUCAGUAAUACAUCAAAACCUCGAAAGCCUAAUCCGCCUCAACUGAGCGAUGAUGAGUUGAGAAAGAGAAUAUUUGCAAAUACUUCAGUCCUCUUCCCUUCAGGCAACAUACUCUCAGACGGCAGCAGCCCUUUCGAAAUCGUCUACGGAACGAAACCGCGAAAUGACAAGGAUAGUGAUGAACCACCUUGGCAAUAUGCCAUGAUCGUGCGCAAGAACCAGAACGGAAGCUAUACACCUCUGAUCAAAGGCCAAGCAUGGUCGACGGCUGUGCCUUGGUCGAAUGUCCUCGCCGGGCUCCUCGAUACCACUGCGACGUUGAUUCAUAAGACGAUUGGACAGGCUCAAAUGCCGCCUUUGGGAAUCUUAGAAGAGCUGCCUUUGUAUACUCCGACUCCACCUCAGAUUCAGAGACAGAAUACGAGAUGAUGCUGCUUUGGUCUUUUGCGACAAAUGUGGAACGGUUGGCGUCCUGGCAGGAUUCUCAAGUAGGCGUACUCGGUAGACUCGAAUCGAAACCAAUCAGACACUAUGCGUGCAUGGAUG